AGGAAGCACGGUCUCGGACAUCAGGAAGGCAACACACAUCAUUCACCAUUCAGAAGAGGAGCUCGAGAGUCCGGAGGGUGAGGAAUGGCUCCGCACAUUGGAAAAGAAGGAUGGAAAGGUCCUGGUCCACUAUUGGUACUACCCUGAUUCAUACGACGAGUGGCUGCUGGAGACCUCAAGUGAGUUCAUGGACCCAGAGCCGGUCCCAGAGCACACCGGUGCUUGGAGUAUUUCUGCCCGUUGGAUCAGGGACAGUGAGAAAUACAACGAGUGGAUGAACGAGGAGGACUACGAGCCAUCUUCCGACCAAAACAGCGACCAGGAAUCAGCCGCCGGAUCGCCCGCUCCCUCCAGCCAGCGAUUUGGAAGCAAGCGUGACAACUCGGACAGGAUCGAGUCACUUUCAAAGAGACUGAAGAGGAGUUCGUCCGCCACACCAAUGGACGCUCAGCCGGAUCACCCAGGCCUUCAGGUUGUCUCCUUGGAGGAGAAUGCGCCCCGAGGACGCGGAUCAAAGAAGAAUGAAUACGAGCCCAUUGUUGGAGGCGAGCUCGCCAAUAUUCCCGUUAUUCCAGAUGGCCAUCUGGCAGCAACAUCUACCACUGCUACACAAGAUGGUGAGGCGACUGAGGAUACUGCAGGAUCCGAAUCUAUGGACGUUGAUGCGAAGGAGGAUGAUUCGAAUGACAAGAGCAAUGUGACAUUAACCGCUGAUGACGAUACAAAGGAGGCGAAGACAGCUGAGGAGAGCUCCAAUGCCCAGUCGGGAGCUGCACCGACAAGUGAAGAGGCGGCCGCUCUGGCGGAUGCGGAGCGUUUGCGACUCGAGGAAGAGGCUAGUCGCUACCUUUCACAACAGACACAGGAAGUCAUUAUACCUUCUUACGCGGCCUGGUUCUCGCUUUCAAAGAUUCACGACAUUGAGCAAAGGUCGCUUCCAGAGUUUUUCAAUCUGAAGAACAGGAGCAAAACGCCCACUGUUUAUAAAGAUUACCGCGACUUCAUGAUCAACACAUACCGCCUGAACCCCUCGGAAUACCUGACGGUUACUGCCUGCAGAAGAAACCUUGCUGGAGAUGUGUGCGCCAUCAUCAGAGUCCACGCAUUUUUGGAACAAUGGGGGCUGAUCAACUACCAGGUUGAUCCCGAUACCCGUCCUUCGACAGUUGGGCCCUCUUUCACUGGCCAUUUCCGCGUGUCGGCCGACACCCCCAAGGGUCUUCAGCCAUUCCAGCCGAACUUGGCCACUCCAACUGCUGCAAAGGCAAACGUUGAGCAGAUCAAGACUCCAGGCGCUUCGAAACUGGAUGCCAACAUUGAGCUUCGCCGGAACAUCUAUACCAGUGGACCAGAGCCCGUUUCCAAGGACAGUGAUGAGAACGCAGAGAAGAGGCAGCGGUUCAACUGCUUUACUUGCGGUGCGGACUGCAGUAAGAGCCGUUACCACAGCAUCAAGACCAAGAAUUUUGAACUUUGUGCUAACUGCUACACAGAGGGCCGCUUUCCCGCAACGAUGUCCUCCGGUGACUUUAUUCGGUUCCAAUCGCAGCACGACAAAUCGACGGACGAGCCUUGGACGGAUCAGGAGACACUGCUUCUGUUGGAGGGACUGGAGAUGUACGACGAAGACUGGAAUUUGGUGGCGGAACAUGUUGGCACCCGUGGCCGUGAACAGUGCAUUCUUCACUUUUUGCAACUGCCCAUUGAGGAUCCGUACUUGGGAGGUGCAACCGAAAGGGAGUUGGGGCCUCUUCAAUACCACAAGGCUCCAUUCAGCGAGUCCGACAACCCAGUGAUGAGCGUUGUGGCAUUUUUGGCUAGUGUUGUGAACCCAGGUGUGGCGGCUGCGGCUGCGCAAAGCGCAUUGAGGGAGCUCGCCUUGGCCAGGAAGAACGCACAGGCUUCAGAAGAGAGCGGAGAGACGGCUGAGGAGGCGGCUGAGGAGGCUGCGGCUGCAGCACUGGGAUCUGCAGCAGCGAAGGCGAAGACGUUGGCGGACUAUGAGGAGCGUGAGAUCCAGCGCCUGGUGACGGUGGUGGUGGAGAUGCAGCUUAAGAAGUUGGAGCUGAAGCUGCAGCAGUUCGAGGAGCUGGAGAGUGUUCUGGAUAUCGAAAAGAGGGAGCUUGAGACCCAACGACAACAAUUGUACCUGGACCGGCUAACGAUGAAGAAGAGCAUCAUGUCUAUGCAGGAGAAGAUGAUCCUGGCUCGACAGACGGGCAAUCCACAGGUGUUUGCGAGCGUUACUGUGCCCGCAGGCGGUGUGGGGGGCUCAGGGAUGACUCUUCAGAACGAGGCGACAGUGCGCCAGCAGCAGGACGCGGGACAGGGUCUGGGUCCUCUUUCACGGGAGCCGAAUGCAGAGGGAGUUGUCCUUCUCCCACUGCCUUAG